AUGGAAGCGCCCGCCACAGCAUAUUGCUUCCGUCCCUGUCAACUCGACGCACCAUUUCAAUGUUUAGUCACGAACAAACCGCGCGGAAGCUCCGGAAAAUUUUCAGGACAGCUUGCCCAUAGACGACCACGAGUGAUGGGCUUUCGAGAACUGGCGUCUCAUCGGUUUCCCCCUCCUAAGCGGCGGCGGCAGCGCGGGCAGUCGCUCUCAAAGGCUAUGAUGCGCCCCAUGGGGGAAAUUAUGAUCAUGGUCGAAUCGCUAGGUGAGGAGUACAGGGUGACUUUCGAAGUUUCGGAGGACGUAGAGUACGAUAUCAACGGGAAUCCCACCUUGACUUGUAACGACCUUCACCUGCACUGGGGAAUGCAUAGAGAGUGGCUUGACGAGUGGAUGUGCUUACCGGAUCUUCCUCGAGGAUCUAAAUACAACGACGAUGAUCCAUGCAAACCGGCGACUCGUACUCCACUUGUGCGUGAUGGCGAGGGGUGCUCCAUCGUAUUCCGUAACGGGUUUCCGCUUCGCAUGUCACGGACCAAGUUUGAUGUGCCUGCUUACUUUGCCCCUGUGGAAAUCGAUUUUGCACUCGUUGAAAUAGAAUUCGGAACGGACAGGGUACUCGCAUACGACGGUCCGAAAGGACCCGACCAAUGGCCGAGUGCAUCUUUUGCGGUACCUAUCGGUAUGGAAAAAGGACAUCCAGAGCCGCUCGGUGCGUCUCGUGCCGCUCCGAUUUCAAACGGGCCAGGCUACGUGAACUUUGCCCUGCACAGCGGUUGUGCCGAUAAGGUCACAUUGUUUCUGCAAUGGUGUACGGGAGAUGGUGCAACUCCUAAUACCAUGGAGAUUGCGCUCAACCCAACAGUCCAUCGAACAGGGGACGUCUGGCAUGUUGCCCUCCCAGUGGGCAUCCCGGGCUCGAUACUUCCGCUGCCUGCAAGUUCAGCAUCAUGGGAGGGCGGCGCCGAUCCAAGGAUCAAUUGUCCUACAGUUUUAUAUGGAUAUAAAUGCGACGGAGAUCCUGCUAGAGGCGGUUGGAGGUUUCACCCAGGGAUGGUCAUGUUUGAUCCGCGUGCAACUUGUCUGCUAACCCCCCUGGGAGCAUUUCAGGACCCCUUCACGCGAUUGCCCAAGUUCUUAGGCUCGCUAGCAGAUGUGAUGAAUGGAGGGACGCAGUACCAGCUAGCAUAUGAUCCGGGACCAAACGAAAAAGCCGUGGCGGGAGUCCGAAAGUUACGUCAAAUACCCGCACAGGAGAUCAUCUAUGAACUUUCAGUAGCAGACUUCACAAAUCAUAUAAGCGCUGAUCUUGGGAAUGUCGAGCGGGGAACUUAUGCCGGUGUGCUCGCAAAGGUUGACCAUAUCAUUCAAAGCGGCGCGACGACUGUCUUGCUCCAACCAAUCGCCGCCAGUGCCAGACGUGCAAUUGAUGACAAUUGGGGUGCAGCGCCUGUCAGCUUGUUUGCCCCUGAUCCAGAAAUGACGACGCCUCAUGGCGGAGAUGGGUCUUAUCAAGUGCGGCAGCUUGUUCGUGGCUUGCAGGCACGAGGAUUGGAUGUUCUUGUUCAUGUGGUGUUGACACACCUUGGUGAAGGCACCGAUGCCUCUCCUGAAAGUCACAGCAUUCGCGGAAUCGAUGCUUUUAGUUAUUACGAAAUGAAUAGCAUGGGAAAAGUUAAGUCAAAUCCCUCAGUUCCUGGUACUGCGGUGCUCAAUCUUCGUUCGCACGUGACUCGAGAACUCAUCAUCGACUCACUUAGACACUGGCGUACAGGUUUCGGGGUGGAUGGAUUUCUUGUUGACACGACUGAAGGCAUUACCAAUCUGACUGGAAUAGCUGCUUUGUUGGAGGCAAUCGCGCUUGAUGCAGUGUUGAGCGGGAAAACUGAUUCAGGAGGAGUAUCGGCUGCAGUUGAAGUGGCGCGAGGAAACUCAACGAAUAAAUUCCUUGCGGGUGGAGGGGUUCGGCUUUACAUUACUCCAAACGAUCGAGAGGUUGGUCAAAUACAAACUUGGGGGAUUUUGGGUGAAAGGAAUUCUUUGUUCCUGCGUGACAUCAGCAAAUUCAUGGAAGGUUCAAAUGGAGCACUUCGAGACUUCGCAAGCCGCGUAUGCGGAAGUGCGGAUCUAAUCAAGGACUGUCGUUCAUCAUCCUUUGGCCACGUCAUUAAUUCGCUCACCCUCUCUCCGCAUGGGAAAACCUUGGCUGACACAGCAAGUGAUCUCGCAGCACGUGCUAAAGUGGAAACAACCACGGGCAUUUCGCAUCCUCGCGGACUAGGUGAAGACGUCCUUGGCCCAUCAGACUUUAUGAAAUCGAGGGCACCGCUAAGAGCAAUGCCGCCUGUACCACCAACAGCUGUGGAGACAAAUUUGAUGAUGCGGUCUUUGCUGACAAUCCUCUUUAGUGCUGAUGGCAUACCUUUGAUAAGUGCCGGAGAUGAGUAUGGUCACACUCGUCUAGGGGAAGGCGGCGCUCCAAAUUCAUGGAAAAGUGAAAUCAAUAGCUUCCGUUGGGAUGCUUUAAAAUGUGGGACAGCGGGACAUGCUGUGCAUUCCUUCAUCUCAGCACUGAGUGCCUUCCGAAGGCGUCGCGCAGAUUUAUUCAGUUCAGGAGGUGCAAAUGUGCACUGGACAGUCAUGGAUGGAUACACUUCGCCAAAAUGGGACGAAUAUACUGCACCGUGUUUGCUCAUGUGUCACCGCAAAGCGCACUCACCGCAUGAUCGGACGGGAAUAAAGGCCGCGGACACGACAGUUCCAUCUCAAGAUGCGAUCAUUGUCUUUAAUGGGACAAGAGAUCUGCAGAGCGCUGAAAUUGGUCACCCGCCUGAUGAGUUUGCAUGGGUCCGAGUUGUCGAUACAUCGUUGGCGUUCCCUUCUGAUUGUACCCUAAGUUAUGUUGAGCUUGCAGGGACAAAGGGAAGCUAUCUUGUCUCCCCGCAUGCUGUGGCAAUUUUCGAGCUCGCUCCUGCCCCUGAGGGCUACCUCAACCCCAAGGACAGUCAGUUUGUGCGAUGACAGAACAACACGAAAUCGUCACGACCUGGACAUUUACUUAUUCAUAUGAAUAUUUUCAGUCAUGGACAGCUUUAUGCAUGAUAUCCUCCCGACUUCCAAGUUCCCGGUGGAUCUGUGAACAUGAUAUUGGUCAAGCGAGAAUUUGGGCAAAAUAGUAAAUUCUGCGUCGACAUUUGUGCCAAGUCUAGGGAUGAUUAGUUUGCAAAUGGAAGUGUUCGUGUUCAUUUAAACGCUUGCGAUCUGCUGUCAUGUCUUGAACGCAGUUCGGCUCGAUCCUUGUCUUCGUGAAAGUGCCCGGAAAAUGGUCAGAGUUAAGUGUGCCAACACAGCGGCCAAGACUGGUCCAAGCGCCGCUGCAAAAAUAUUCUCGAUUAAAUCAGCUUUGUGCGAAGUACAGCAUGGCUCCUGGUAUGUUGCGAGUCUCAACUUUGGGGGCUCGCCUCGGAGUGCAACAUGGAAACGAAUGCUCGAGUGCAUCAAUGCAGUUUGUGCAAAUUGUGUGAUGUGAAUGUUUGUGCUCAUGAAGCCUAGACGAUAGAAGUACAUCAACUGGACAGGUGACCGUGUUCGCAGUGCAGACAGCCGAUGGUCAGUAUAAUUUUGCAGGAGAGAGCUUGGCUGUUUUUGUCCAGUUAGUUGAUUAGGCUUGCUUAUAAUCUGUGGAUCUGCAUUGACGGUGCCAUU